CCCGCACCUAUCGAUUGGCCCAGCCAGAAUCAGUCGCCGAUGGAGCUGGACGCGGGCCGCGAUGGACGGAGGAGCGAGGAAGAGGAGGUAGAGGACGACGAUGACGACGACGACAUCGCCGCCAUCGACGACACCAGAGAGCUGGAGCACAAGAAGCACAUUGGCUUCUGGCUCCGGCACCUGCGUAUGCUCCCUCGCCCCUACCAAUCGGCCGACCAGCAGAGGAUGUCGAUCGUCUUUUUCUGCCUGAGCGCGCUGGACCUCCUAGGCGCAUUGGAGGAAAAGGUGCCGCAGGAGGAGCGACAGGAGAUCGCAGACUGGAUCUAUGCUCAGCAGCUCCCUCUUGAACGAGGAGGAGGGUUCAUGGGCUCCCCAGCAGUGCCUUCGUCGUCGUCGUCGUCGUCGUCGUCCUCCUCCUCCUCCUCCUCCUCCUCCUCCACGUCCGACUUGAUACGAGGCCGGGGCCAUCUGGCCAUGACCUACACCGCCCUCGUCUGUCUCGCCAUCCUCAACGACGACUUCUCUAAGCUAGACAGGGACGCAUUGUAUGCGCACCUAUCUGCGCUCCAGGAGCCAGAUGGGAGCUUCGCGCCUUGCGUGGGACAGCGCGAACUCGACGCCCGCUUCAUUUACUGUGCCUUUGCCAUCGCAUUCAUGCUCCAGGACUGGUCGUCGAUCGACGUGGAAAAAGCCACUUCGUUUCUGCUACGGAGCAUAAGCUACGACGGAGCAUUUGGCCAAGCGCCGCUCCAGGAGUCGCAUGGGGGCUCGACCUACUGCGCCACCGCCGCCCUUUCUCUUGCCUCGUCCUCCUCUCAGCCACAUUUCUCCUCGUUUUCUUCUUCUGCGGUAUCUCAAACGUCACACGCAAUGACGCCACGGCAGCAAGAGGAGGCAAAGCGGUGGCUGCUUGCUCGACAAGAAGGCACGGGCUUCAACGGCAGGACGGGCAAGGCCCAAGACGUUUGCUACUCAUUCUGGUGCGGCGCCGCUAUCCGGAACCUGGGCGCGCACGAUGUCAUCAAUGCAGAGGCCGAUGUGGCAUGGCUCCUCUCGGCUCAGUCGCCAGUGGGCGGCAUCUCCAAGACGCCGGGAGACCAUCCCGAUGCUAUGCACUCCUACCUGGCACUCGCCGCGCUGAGCUUGCACGCCCACGAUACGACCAUCGAUGAGCGAAUACGAGGGUGCGCAAACAAUGAGGUUAGGCGGCGGCAGCUUGAGUCCAUCAGGGUGCUCAAGCCGCUCGAACCUCGGCUGAAUAUGAGCAUGGAUGCAUUUCACAACCUCGAGAGAAGUUGCUUGUGGAGAGAGAGGAAGAAAUGAAUGUGAAGCAUAUAAUACAGUGUAUGACAGGGC